AUGCAAGUGCGGCCUCUAUCGCUUGCUUUGCAAGAAAAGGCUGCAUUAGAAUUGUACGAGACGCCGAAUAAACUUGAAAAUGGAUUGAAAGAAUUAAAGGAAUGGAUCAGUCAACAGCCCCACUUGAAAGCUCGAACAGAUGACCAAUGGCUUGCUGCUUUCCUGAGAGGUACUAAGCAUAAUUUGAAUCGAGCCAAGGAGAAGAUAGAUCUAUACUAUUCCUUAAGAACAGUAUCACCUGAUUUAUUCAGGUUCAGACAGACUAACCCACGGUUUAAAUAUUUACUGCGAACUGGGGCUGCCUUAGUGUUACCGAAGCUGGCAACGCCACUGUCUCCUCGUGUUAUCCUCAUCAAACCCAGCCUUUACGAUCCGAGCGAGAUUCCGCCAAUCGAUUUCUUCUCUUUUGCACAUCUUUUUCAACAGAUUAUGUAUUUAGAAGAUGACGCGUUUAUGGUGAAUGGAACUAUAAAUGUGAUAGACAUUGAGGGAAUCACCAUGGCUCAUAUUAUGGCGAUGACACCAACAGUGUUGAAGAAGCUGGUGAUUGCGGGGCAGGAUGCUUCACCACUAAGACUGAAAAGUUUGCACAUCAUAAACGGAGUGCCGAUUUUGGAGAAAUUAUUCAGUUUGACGAAAAAACUCCUCAACGAGAAACACAGGAAAAAACUCUUCAUGCACACCAAGGAUUUGAGUACACUAAAUAAUUACGUCCCUCCUGAAAUAUUACCUGCAGAGUAUGGUGGACAGGGAGGGAGUAAGCAGGAGAUAAUAGACUAUUGGGUGAAAAAACUAGACGAUUAUGGAGAUUGGUUUGAAGAAGAUAUGAAGUUUGGAACGGAUGAGAGCAAUAGGCCGGGCAAAGAAAAAACUACAGAAAAUACGAUCGGAGUCCAAGGAUCUUUUAGGCAAUUAACUGUGGAUUAA